CCUCUCUUGUUUACAUUACUUCGCUCUGCCCCCCCCCCCCCCGCAUCGCGUGUCUAGUACCGUCUCCCGCAAUUCCGAGCCAGGCCUUCGCGGCAACCUCACCGUCACCAUGGCGGAGAAAGCGUGCACCGUUCGUACUAGAAAGUUCAUGACCAAUCGCCUUCUGGCUCGCAAGCAAUUCAUUAUUGACGUUCUGCACCCAGGUCGUGCCAAUGUCUCCAAGGCUGAGCUGAAGGAUAAGCUGGCAAAGCUGUACGAGGUUAGAGAUCCCCAGACCAUCUUUGUGUUCGGGUUCAGAACGCAUUUCGGAGGUGGCAAGUCCACUGGAUUUGGUCUCAUCUACGACUCCAUUGACUCUGCUAAGAAAUACGAGCCCAAGUACAGGCUCAUUAGGAAUGGUCUGGCUACCAAGGUCGAGAAGUCGAGGAAGCAGAUCAAGGAGCGCAAGAACCGUUCGAAGAAGAUCAGGGGUGUGAAGAAGACAAAGGCCGCCGGAGAUGCCAAAAAGAAGAAGUAAGCUGAUAUCUGAGAUAGAAGAUCCUUCGUCCUGACGCUAAUUUGUCACAAGCUGCUGGCUAAUUUCAUGGCAUUGAUCUCUACCGCCCAUCCUGAUCAGACGCAGUGAAGUCUAUAUAGUUGGAGAAGGAUGCAAUUUCUGUACCACAAUGUUCAUGAAUAGGAAAGCCUCGUAUACUGCCUCCCUUGAGCAACUGAGCGCAGGAAUAGAAGUUUCGCGGUGUUCGAUGGGUUUUGGUAUUAUGAAUAGUUUUGAAAUAGUGCUACAGGUCGACACCCGGUCCCGAUGAGAACAGGAUCUCAUCGUACUCUGAAUUUUAUCAAUGAUAUCCGGAUUUUGGGUUUCUUCAGUCA